AUGAAUGCACCGGCUGUCUUGGAGCAUUCGCACAAGGGGCCGCUUUAUUUUAAGCUAAAGGUGGAGGAGACGAAGGAGGGGAGCCAAUCCAUCUUCUCAGCGGUGGCCUUCUUCAUGAAGCACCUCGGGGUGAAAACCAGGGCAGUGGACAGUAAGAAGUCCAGAGGGGGCUUCUUCAGGAGGCAGCUGGUGAAGAAUAAGAAGGAUGAAUCCACAAAGGGCAAACCCAGGGGGGGGUUUCCUGGCAUCCCCAGCUGGAUCGCAGGCAACACUGACGUCAAACCUAAAACGGAGGCUGAAGCGGAAAAGGAGAAGGUGAAUCCGGAGCGUAAGGGUCUGGUGCCCGGCAGAGGCUCCUUGACGGACUCCGCAGCCCCUUCCCUCCCCACCAGGAAGUCUGUUUCCACCGGCAGCCCCUCCUCCCUGCCUGGGUUAGAGAUCAGCGAUGGGUCAGGCAACAGCAUCAGCAUCAUCAACAGCCCCGAGUCUUCACACUUGGAUGGACUCUCAAGCAAUCGCUUAGAGCCUCCGAGCCCGGCCGACGGGGGCGAUGUGUCCCCCGUCGGGCCGGGCGGAGGGCUGACGGUCGGGGAGCUCCUCUCACCCAUGGACACUCCGACAGAGGAGAAUGUGGAGAAAGACAGACAGAAGAAAAGUAGGAAAGUGAUGCGUAGCGAGAGUGCCCGCGUGGACCGACACUCCUCUCGGCGCCGUGGCUCUUCCCGGGCAAAACAGUCUCGCUCCCGUAGUGAUGUGGACCUCCAGCCGCCUUCUACCACGACUACAACACCUACACCGCUCAGCCCCCACCAUCUCCAUCCUUUCGAUGGACCAGUCUUAUUUUCUGAAGGGCCCGGCCACUCCCCCACCAGCCCCUCCCCGCAGCUGGAGGAGAUGGAGCCGCGCUUCCUGGAGUUUGAGCAGGACCCCCCCAACUGGAGGGAGCUGGCUCCCCAUGAAGCGCUGUCCAGUCUCAGCAAGAAGGAGACCAAGAGGCAGGAGGUCAUCAACGAGCUGUUUGCCACUGAGCAUGCCCAUGUGCGGAUGCUAAGUGUCCUCCAGAUGAUCUUCUCCAAGCCUUUGGAGAGAGAGGAGCUCCUGACCUCUAAUGAGCUGUCCACCAUCUUCCCCAACCUGGAUGAGAUCAUUGAGAUGCACUUUAACUUCUACGAGAACCUGAAGAAACUGCGUUUGGACAACAACUUCAUAGUGAAAUCUAUCAGCACCACAGUGCUCAGCAGAUUCGGAGGUACAGAGGGGGAGUGGUUCCAGAAACUGACAGCCCGAUUCUGCAGUCACCAGUCGUGGGCCUUGGACCAGAUCAAGAUCAGACAGAAGAAAGAGCCACGCUUCAACUCUUUUAUACUGGAGGCAGAGUGCAAGCCCCAGUGCCGCAGGCUGCAGCUGAAGGACAUCAUUCCCAUAGAGAUGCAGAGACUGACCAAAUACCCGUUGCUGUUGGAGAAUAUUGCCAAGAACACAGACGACCCGACAGAGAAGGAGAGGAUCCAGCAGAGCGCAGAGUGCUGCAGAAAGAUCCUCAACCAUGUCAAUGAGGAGGUCAAAGUGAUGGAGAACCUAUUGACUCUGAAGGACUACCAGCGGAGACUGGACACAUCAGGGCUCAAACCCAGUAAUGAGCUUUAUACGGAAUAUAAGAACAUCGACCUGACUCAGAAGAAGAUGCUUUACGAAGGCGCUGUGACCUGGAGACUCACAAAGGAGAAGGCAAUUGAGGUGCAGUGUGUGUUGCUCGAGGACCUGCUGGUGCUCCUCCAGAGGCAGGACGACAAGAUGGUCCUCAAAUGCCAGAGCAAGAGUAACAUCGCCGUGCAAGAGGGCAAGCAGAUGCUCAGCCCCAUCAUCAAGCUGGACUCGGUCUUCCUACGCGAAGUGGCCACAGAUCGAAAGGCCUUCUAUGUGAUAUUCACCUGGGAAAGCGGCGCUCAGAUCUAUGAACUUGUGGCGCAGUCUCUUGGAGAGAUGAAAAUCUGGACUGGUGUGAUAAAGACGGCGGUGGAUGAUCUGAAGAAGAGUGGAGCACCCAUGAGGUUGACGCUGCCUCAUGGAAGUGGAGGAGCUCCAUUAAGUCCAUCCACGCUGACUGCCCCUCUGAGCCCGACGGAGAACGGGGGUUUGAAAAGCAGCAGCGAUCGAGAUAAAGACAGCUUGACGGAUGACAAGUCUUCAGACCCCAGGCACAGGCUGAUUGAUUUCCUGUCAGACAAAGGCUUCGACUUGAUAGGCCACUCCAACAGCGAUCAGGAGAAGAUGGCCAACAGUGCUUUGGAUGAAGUCAUGUCGCUGAAAAGGCUGUUGGUCGGCAGCAUCAGUCUGACAGAAGACUCGCAGCCCGAUGAAGAAAACGGAGAGGAGCAAUCAGAGAGGCCCAGUCAAGAAACGGAUAGCUGUCAGUCGACAGAAGAAAGCCAGACGACAGACAGGGCAGCGGAGGAGGACAACAAUAACUCUUGUGAAAAAGAAGGUGCAGGGACGAAGGGAGUGGAGGAGAGGAGCAUCACUGCGCCCCUGGUGCUGUCCCAGGAGAGGAGGGAGGAAGUGUGCAGGAGGCUCCACAGUCUGGAGGAACAACUAAAGAGACUACAGACUGUAGAAGAGGAGCACCACAGGCUGCAGGAGGCCCUUUCCAAGUUCUCACUGGAGGGGGGGAACUUCCAGUGAGACACCAUCGCGCCACCUGCUGGCCACUAGAUUUUUACUGGUGCUGGUUUGGAGUGCAAGAGUGACUUUCAGAGGCUUUCCUGGAAAUUCCUAAACCCUCUCCUCGGUCAUGCCCUGGACCCUUCGCUGCAUUUGGGGGCUCUUUACGCACAGUGCAGCGAUGGAACACGGGAGGGAGUGUGCAUGUGUAUGUGUGUCUUGUUUGCGUGCGUGCGUGCUUGAUAGAGAGGUAUACAAAGAAAAAGAAAAAAACGGGACUUCCUACUUCAAGUGGGAGGUUUGUUUUUGCAGAGAGGUGCCAAAAAAAAAAAAGAAGCAAUAUUGUGCUGUGAGAGAGAUGCUGCCUAACAAAAUGUAGUGAUUGCGAUCUGCUGUAACACACAUACGCACACCAGAGACAUGCACGCUAGAAAAUAAUUGACAUUAUUGCCAAUAGCAGAUGUGCAGUAGAGGAUGUUUGCCCGCCAGGUGAGCUAUAACCAGGUGGAAGCCUUAAGGGGGCCAAUGUAGCGUUUGAAGAUGUAUUGAAAUACUACUGCUGAUAUAUAGUGUUAUUUCUAGUCUAUGCCAAAGUACCACAGAGAUGCACUUUUUUCUAAUCAAACCAAGUUGAAGCCACACUGUUUUUGCGAAAUGUAUUUACUCUCUUUUUAGUACCGUUUUUUGGACCGUUGGGCUUCAUAUAGGCUGCCCUUCAUUAUUGCAAAUAUUGCAUGCAAGAAAGUGUGUGUGUGUGUGUGUGUGUGUGUGUUACAAAGUUUUUAAUUAAGGAUGUGCUUCAUAGGAGGGUUCUUACUGUCAUUAGGUCACAUAGAAACAUGUAUAAAUAGUGGCACUAUAGGUAAUCAUGCUGUUAAUAAUGGAGACUUGUUUGUAUUUACCGCUUUUAUUUAUUCCUCUGAGUUCUGUUGGGUCAGCGAGUCGCCUCGCCUGUUUCAAACGUGUAUAGAUGGAGCGACGUGUUGGACAAACGACAAAACACAAGAAGGCAAACGUAGCAUGUACAACAAAGAUCGCGGUAGAGAGAGACAGAGAUGUCGGGAUGGGGAGUGAGUUUCGAGGUUUCAUGAGAUGUGUAGAGAACAUGAGUUUAUGAUGUGCUCUCGCUGUAAUGAAGGAAGAUGUGCACGCACACCUACAAACACUGAGAGCCCAGCGCUGCAGAAGUGUUCGGUGCCAGCAUCACUUCUGCAGAGUCACCUUCCCCCAGAUGGAUCCUCCUCCUCGGGUUAUAAAUAGUCUUCUAGGACGUGAGAGUCGCAUAUUAUUAGAAAAGAAGAGUCUAUUCUCUCCUGGCAGGAACAUUUGUAUCGAAACUGAGCUUCGUCUUCGUAUUUUGAUUCAGCCGUUGAUUGUAAUUAUAAUUAUGAUGAUGUCAUUUCUGAGUAGUGGCAGAGCUGUGGCCGUGCACACAAGACCAAAGACGAAACAAAGCAACGUUAGAUCCUCAUACGCGCUGUAAUUCUCUUAACCACGUGCUUCAUCUGUGCAGGAGCACGUCGCUUAGUGAUCGCUCAGUAGCCCGCAGAUGCUUUUCCUCAAACACGUGGCAACAUAAGUUGAAGCGAUAUCAAAAAAAAAAAAGCACAUUGAAGAAUGAAGCGUUAGUCGUCAAUACAAAACAUUAAAAGUUUUUGCAUGCACUUCAGUGUGAGGAAAAGCCACACGCUGUUCUGUUCUGACCCGGAGAGAGGACUGUAAUUGAACACUUGGGACUCCAGCAAGACGAGAGGCGACAAGAGCGUGAAGCCAGAUGAGCGUACGAAGGAAACGUUAACGGUUUGGAGGAAGGAAAACUGCAAUCUCAGUCCAACAUCUCCGUGUUCAUGAUCACUUCCUGAUAUGCAUUCUCACCGUUGUUGCAACAACAAACGGCCCCUUUGACCCUGAAUCCUCAGAGCCAACUGUCGGGGGGGGGGGGCCUCGAGUCACUCGAGUGUCACAAGACGCUGAAUAAUAGAAGUUUCUGUUUGAACAUUUACUGCCAUUUCUCCCCAUGUGGUUGUCUUCUUGUAAAAUGUACAUAGAUGCUAGAUUGAAGAAAUAGUCCCCGUGUUAUUAAGCUCGUUAGCUCCAUUGACGACACCCUCACUUGUGAUAGCAUGAUCACCUUUUCCUUCGCACAGUUUUAACAUAUGUUGUGUAUUUCACUUGAUUUACUUAAACGGGUCGGGGGAGGUUUUGUUACUGUUUUUGUUUUUGUCCAACAAGCUUUUUGUAAUUGUGUACUACGCAUUUGGUCAUAACGGUGAGAGAGACGGGACUUGUCUGUGACUUGUCUAUGCAUGAAUGAAUUAAAAAAUUAUGCAAAUUUUUGGUGUGCACGUUAAAGCGCAAACCUGCUCUGGACCGUGGCUGUGCAGCUUAGCGAUGGGAUGCAUUUAUACAGAUCAUCUCAACCAGGGAUUGUUUUAAUUGUCAAACUGCAGCGGUCAGCAGGGAGGGACUCCGUCACUCGACACGCUACAGUCACUUCCAGCUCUCUCUCUCUCUCUCUCUCUCUCUCUCUCCAAAUGCUUUUCCUCACGCAUUCUAUAUACAAAUACCUAGAUGUAAAGAAAAUGUAUUUAUAGAGCGGUGCCUUGUUCCCACGAUCAAGUUGUCUACGAACACAAUCGCUGUCUUUCAUGGAGGACAGUGAAAUGGACCUCUGAGAGUUAGAGACAAUGUCAAAAAUGACUAAUAACGAUGGAAAGAUCCUCCCAGGAUUCUGUUUUUGUGUCCUCCUCCAUUACAGCAACAGGUUUUGAGCCCUCCACCAACUCAGCCAGCCAGUGGCCUGUAUAUAAAGACACUGCUCCUUGUCAUACAGGCGUCAUCAUGUCUAUCUAUAAACAAUGAAUAUGCAAGAACUAUACUGUGUAUUUGGGUUUUGAUUUUUUUAUCGUGUAAGAGGUUCUUUAAUGAUGUAUACUUAAGGAAAAUUGUGGUACGUUAUGUUUUUUAUUCUUCAUUUUUUUUUAAUAAAUUGGGGAAAUAAA